GUCUCUCUGUAUAUAUACCAUCUCCAUUUCCCCUUCUACUUCACCAACCCAAAAUCACCAUUCUUCUUCUUCUUCGUCUUCGUCUCCUCUGAUUCAGCUUGUAACCGUAAGAAAAGAAAAAUGGAGACCUUCUUGUUUACCUCCGAAUCUGUGAACGAGGGUCACCCCGACAAGCUCUGCGACCAGAUCUCAGACGCCGUCCUCGACGCCUGCCUUGCUCAGGACGCCGACAGCAAGGUCGCCUGUGAGACCUGCACCAAGACCAACAUGGUCAUGGUAUUUGGCGAGAUUACCACCAAGGCCAAUGUUGACUACGAGAAGAUUGUCCGUGACACUUGCCGCAGCAUUGGCUUUGUCUCUGACAAUGUUGGACUCGACGCUGACCACUGCAAGGUCCUUGUCAACAUCGAGCAGCAGAGCCCUGACAUUGCGCAGGGUGUCCACGGCCACCUCACGAAGCGCCCCGAGGAGAUUGGUGCCGGUGACCAGGGCCACAUGUUUGGCUAUGCCACUGACGAGACCCCUGAGCUCAUGCCCCUCAGCCAUGUCCUCGCCACCAAGCUUGGUGCCCGCCUCACUGAGGUCCGCAAGAAUGGGACUUGCCCUUGGCUCAGGCCCGAUGGGAAAACCCAAGUCACUGUCGAGUACUACAACGACAAUGGUGCCAUGGUCCCUGUUCGCGUCCACACCGUUCUCAUUUCAACUCAGCAUGAUGAGACCGUGACCAAUGAUGAGAUUGCCGCAGACCUCAAAGAGCAUGUGAUCAAGCCAGUGAUCCCUGAGAAGUAUCUGGAUGAGAAAACCAUCUUCCACCUCAACCCAUCUGGUCGCUUUGUCAUCGGAGGUCCACAUGGUGAUGCUGGUUUAACAGGGAGGAAGAUCAUCAUCGACACCUAUGGCGGAUGGGGUGCUCACGGAGGUGGUGCCUUCUCAGGGAAGGACCCAACUAAGGUAGACAGGAGUGGUGCUUACAUUGUCAGGCAGGCUGCAAAGAGCAUUGUGGCAAGUGGGCUUGCCAGGAGGUGCAUUGUCCAGGUCUCCUAUGCUAUCGGUGUCCCCGAGCCGUUGUCGGUGUUCGUUGAAACCUACAAGACUGGGAAGAUUCCGGACAAGGAGAUACUGAAGAUUGUGAAGGAGAAUUUUGAUUUCAGGCCCGGAAUGAUCGCCAUCAACCUGGACCUUAAGAGGGGUGGCAAUGGCAGGUUCUUGAAGACUGCUGCCUAUGGACAUUUCGGAAGGGAUGAUGCUGAUUUCACAUGGGAGGUUGUCAAGCCACUUAAGUGGGAAAAGCCUCAAGCGUAAAUCUGGGAAUUACAUCUGAUAUGUGUCUGAUGUUGUGGCACUCUCCAUUCACAAUUUUUUGCCAAGGCUCUUACUAUUUGCCUUCUUUUUUUUUUUUUUCUUUUGGGUUUUCUUUCUUCUAUUUUUUUUACUCCACUUAUUUGUUCUUUGAGAAUGCAUUAUUACUUGUUAUGAUGAGUCAAAGUGGAGGUGAAAAUGCUAUGAAAUGAUGUACUCUUAAUAUCAUAUGUUGUAUGCUAUUAUUGCUGGCACGAGAAACAAUAAAAAUUUGAGACGAGUAGUGCCCCGACAACAUUAUACACGUCUUUUUUUCUUUGUAC